ACACCAAACCGGAUGAAGACACUGAACCGGGCGAAGACACUGAAAUGGGCGAAGACACUGAAAUUGGUGAAGACACUGGACUGGGUGAAGAGACUAAACCGGGCAAAGAGACUGAACCGGGUGAAGAUACUGAAAUUUCGGGCGAAGGCACUGGACUUUUUAAUAAUUGUACUAAACAAUUAUCAUGCAACGGCACAGAACAACCAAUAUA